AUGUACUCAACGGGACUUUUAUGGAGCCUAGUGGCUGUCGUGGCAUUUUCUAGCGCCACGCCCACUCCCGGGGACGGGCGAAUUGUGGGCGGCGAGGUGACCACCAUUGGGCAAUUUCCCUAUCAAGUAUCCGUCCAGUUGAACGGACAGCACAUCUGCGGGGGCGCCGUCAUCGGAGACAACUUUGUGCUGACGGCGGCCCAUUGCUUCGAGGCCAGCCCCCUUGGCAACGAGGAUUACACCGUGCGAGUGGGCUCCGGCGAACACGCGAGUGGAGGUCACGUGCUCAGUCUGCGGCAGGUGAUCGCCCAUGGGGGCUAUAAUCCCCAGAGCCACGACUACGACCUGGCACUGCUCAUCCUGAAUGCCAGGCUCAAUUUCACGGAGUACCUGCAGCCGGUGCCGCUGGCCACAGGAGUGGACCCACCCGGCGAGAACACCCGCCUCCUGGUCAGCGGAUGGGGCCUGCAGGCGGAGGAGGGGGGGGCGGCCAGUGCGGAAGUGGGCGUGUCGCCGCAGCUGCACUUCGUGGAGGUGGAUUUGGUGGAGGCGGGCCAAUGCCGGCGAGCCUACCGUGAGGUGUUGCCCAUAACCCAGCGUAUGAUGUGCGCAGCGCGUUUGGGUCACGAUGCUUGCCAGGGCGACUCCGGCGGACCGCUGGUGGGCUAUCCAGCGGACGGUGGUCCAGCCAAGCUCUACGGCAUCGUGUCCUGGGGUCUGGGCUGCGCCAAUCCCAACUAUCCGGGCGUCUAUACGAACGUGGCCGCUUUCCGCAACUGGAUCGGUGCCCAGGUGGGCGCCUGGGGAUGGAACGGCCUGCUGGGGGGAUGGAGUGGAUUGCAGUGA